GUCGGACCCCAAUUACACAUAAUGUGAGUUCCGUAUGCAAUUUCUUUUGUGUGUUAAACUAUUGGAACAUCACACGACUAUUCUUCUUCUUCCUCGUAGAAGGAACGCUGGAGAUGGCGGAUUCUGUAGAGUUGCCGGCCUCCGUCGCGGAACUGUCGAAUUCCAACAUGCAACCAUGGGACUCCGUCGGGGAACCUGAAUUCGCAAGCGAGAUGGAGAUCGUUGUGCAGUUGGGCGCCGUCCAUAACUAUGUUCUUCUAGCGGACGGCGAUAACACCGUCGAGGAUGUGCUGGUCGAGAUUCUCGGCCUCAACAGGGCAGCGCAAGCGCCAGAGCCGAGGCUUUGUUUCAAUGACUUGGAAUUGGAGAAGCAGAAAACCCUGGCCGAGUACGGAAUCAAUCUCGGCUCCGUGCUUCAGCUGAAGUGCACUCCGCGGGUGUUGGCACAUAGUUAUGAUCCUACAGAAAUAGCCAAGAUGAACUGUGCAGAGUCUAGCUCUUCUAUGAGACCCGACGGAGAUGGUGAAAUGAAAAUCUUUGUGCAGUCAGAACAUUAUGGAAAUUAUGCGCUUGAGGUGGACAGCUCUAACACCAUCCAAGAUGUUCUAGUCACCGUUCUAGUCUCCGUUCUUCCAACUUGGCAGGCAGCAACUGCGCUUUAUUUCAACGGCCAACUACUGGAGAGGGGCAAAUCUCUGGCGGACUACAGUAUCGAGGAUGGGUCCAUCCUCCACCUUAAGCGCGCAGCCCUCAAUUUCGUUCCAAGAGGUAGAGUAAAUAUGAAAGAGAGGCCAAAUGUAAUUUCAGCAAGGAAAAAAAUUACAAUAACAGAUAAACCUUUAGCAAUAUGGGAAAAAGAGCAUGAUAAAGUAUUGCUUAGUUUGUUUGUGGAGCAAAUUUCAAAUGCAGGGCGGGAAAAAAUACUACACGGUGGAGAGGAUUCUUGGUGCAACAUAGUAGCCAAGUUCAAUGAAUCAACUGACUUGCAGUAUGAAUAUAAACAUUUGUUUGAGCGCUUCAAUUUUUAUAGACGUGAAUAUCGAAUAGUGAACAAUAUUAGGCAUCAUCCAAAGUUUAGCUGGGAUCAUCAGCGUCAAAUAGUAAUUGCUAAAGAUGCUGAAUGGAAUGAAUAUAUCAAGCAAAAUCCUGACGCAAGGCCCUACCGAAGGAGAGCAAUCCCAUAUGUUGAUUUAUUGGGAAUCCUGUUUGCCAAUACAAAAGUAUAAAAAUUCAUAGUUUCCAAUGAAUGAUUGUUUGGAAAAGAGCAAUGUUGUAGUCUAUCUAUUCUCUACACAUGAGAUCUAACAUUUCGCAAUAAUCUCGUUCCUUGAUGGAGGCGAAUAUUACUAUUGUGUAUUUUUCACAUGUCAUUUCUCAUUAGUUUAAAUAUGUAUUGUGUUAACAUACGCUAUUAGCUAGCUUGUGAUGUAAGCUCAUAAUUAAUGCUCCUGUAAUAAUUUCAUAAUUAAGCCAUUAGAUAUUCUACAUUGAAUUUGAUUAUCUGAGCAUCAGGUUCUUUUU